AUGGGACGUUGGCUUCCCUACACCAUGGGACGUUGGCUUCCCUACAUCAUGGGACAUUGGCUUCGAUACAUCAUGGGACACGAGCCAAUUUCCCCCAAGAAGUCCAGGAGUGACUCUGCGUUCAGCGUUUUUAAAAGGAGGAACUCGUCUGUCUCCACGGAGUGGAAGUCCGUCAGGAUCGGCCCCGAGCAAGAGACGGCGGAGAAUAACCUGACGGCCGUGCGUGUGAUGGUGCUAAGUGACGAGAGCAGCUCGGACAUGGAGAGUGGCCCUCAGGAGAAUCAUGGAAGGAUUCAUCGCAGGAGACUCUCAUCAAAGAAAAAAGAGAGAUCCUCUGAGACCGAGAAAGAUGCCAGGGACAGCCCAGGACACCCAUCUAAAGCUGUCGAUGCACUUAACCGGGCCAGCAACCAUCCGUCCGUCUCUUCCAACAAAACUCACCGCUGGAGGAAGAAGAUUCAGUCAACUUUCCCGCUUCUGAUUGGUCGAAGAUCAUCUCAAGUGGGCAGAGAUGGCACCAGAGCUCUGAGUUCUGCAGACGAUGAGGUGUUCAACAAUAAUCCUCCAGAACAUUUCGUCCAGGCUCACCUUGCUGGCCAGAGAUACGAAGCUACCGAGGAAGAUUGUCCGGCCAUUCCUUCUUAUAUUCCUCAUUACAAAGCUCUGUCCGGCAAUAAUGUGGCCCCAAAACACAGUGACCAUGGGGCACCUAGGACUUUGAAUUCAAAUUCCACUUAUCAGUAUUCCUACACCCCAUCCAAUAAUUACAGCACUCAUUAUCCACCUUCGGAGUAUCUCAGUGACCACAGUGAUGUUUUUGAAAAAGAAGAGAGGAAAGACAAACGCAACGAGCAAGACCCAACACAUCGUGAGCCAAACAACCCGGCAAACCCAACAUUAAAAAAGUUAGUCCUUUCCAACGAGGAAAAAUCAAAACUUCUGGACUGGAAUUCGACGAACCCUAGGCCACCUCCAACCAAAGACGUACACGAGCAAGCCUCUUACGUCAACCACGAUCCAGGUGGGGAGGUGGAGAGCAAGCCAAAGUCGGCGUUCUCCAUCUUGUCCAACGCCAUAAAGAGGUCCUUCUUGCGUUCGGUCGGCUCUGCUCCCGAGAGCCCAAAACCAGUUUCAGCUGCUAAACCCAAGCCGGUAUCGUCGACAAAUGUUUUCGACAUUUCCGGUACUUUCUUCAGAAGGAGCCGUAGCAGUUCGGAAACCCAGCCCAACCUUAACGAUACCGAAAUGAACUAUAUGUCCUACCAGUCCUCCGCAUCUCGGGGUGAUUUCAGACCUUCUAAUGAAGGCCCUUCUUGGAAUUCUUUACAGCGAUCAAACGUUUCUUCUAAAUUGGAGGACAUGCCAAAAAUGUUGGAACGGUUCACCCUCAAAGAGAACCCCCAAACCAGUGAGAAUUCAGAUCUACCUUUCCGGAACAGAAAAGGCUCCAUUUUUUCAUCUUUGAGACUGAUAACCAGGCCCUCCGAAAAUACUCCAACUGCAUCUUCCAAUGAUGCUUGGUAUGUACCGUGGGGACUUAGCAGGAAGGCAAAUGAAAAAGAAGUGGAAGAGAGACCUCGGGCCAACUCCAUGGCUGCUCCACGUCUGCUGUCUGUUCAUCAGUCAGAAAUGAAAAACAGAGUGACAAAAAGUGAGAAUUUCUCAAGCUCUUCCGAUGAAGAUAUCUCAUAUGGACCAUCCUCGUCGUUCAAGAACCCCCCGACUUCCAAGCAGCAAAGGAGGAUGGAGAGAGAAGCCAGACUGAGGGCCAAACAAGAAGAGCUGAAGAGACUGCACAAGGCUCAGACAAUACAGCGUCAGCUACAAGAGACAGAAGAGAAGCACCGGGCUCUUGAGAUCCAAGGUAUCAGGUUGGAGAAAGCUCUUCGAGGAGAAGCGGACGCCGGCGCCCAGGACGAGACUCAGCUCCUCCAAGAGUGGAUGCAGCUCGCCGUAGAAAAUAAUAAAUUGAAUCGUUACGAGUCAGAGCUACUGUGCGUAGCCAAAGAGCUGGACCUGGAGGAUCAGCAAGGGCGACUUGAGCAACAGCUGCGGGAGAGGAUGCUGAUUGAAUCGUCUCUGAAAGACGAAGAGGACGUGGCCGAGGAGGAGGCGAUCUUCGCCGAGAUGAUGAGGGUCAUCGAACAAAGAGAUCAAAUGGUGGCCCGCACCGAAGAGCAGAGACUGAGGGCAGCCGCGGAGGAGGCCGACCGCCUCGCAAACCCCUUUUCAAGGGGCCACCAGCUGAACCCCGGAGUCACAGGCAACGGAAGGAUUAUAUAGCCACA